GUAUUGAAUGUACCAAAUGAUACCAUUGAUGAUGGAGAAGAUGACGAUGAACUUGGUUUCCACUACUAUUGCGUUAAAUACAAGGUGAAGAACCCAAAGUUGAUGCCAAGAUACAAGUUUCAUUUGGCAGUGCUAGACAAUACCGGCAAUGCAAAAUUUCUACUGUUCGACAAUCUUGAGUCCAGUUACUUCAUCGCCCUUGCAAUGAGCUAA